AUGUUCUCGAGAUCGGUUAUCGCUACUGCUCGUCGCGCUGCGGUGGCGCAGGGAUUCAAGCCGGUGGUUGCGAGGAGGGCUUUUUCGGCGAGUGUUGUUGCUAGAGGAGGACAUUCUCACCAUCACGAGCCAGAGGUUACCGGACCCGGUACUUUGAAGCCGCUUUCCGAAAUCAAGGUUGCAUCUGAUCUCGUCGGUCCCGGAGCUCAACCUGGUACCGUCCCUACCGAUUUGGAACAGGCGACUGGUCUCGAACGUCUCGAAAUUUUGGGAAAGAUGGAGGGAAUUGAUGUUUUUAAUAUGAAGCCAUUGGAUGCCAGCCGACUAGGAACUAUGGAGGACCCGAUUAUUGCCCUGAGCGCUGGUGAAGAGCACUACGUCGGAUGCACCGGUUUCCCAGCUGACUCCCACGUCACCAUGUGGUUGACUCUAUCCCGUUCGCGACCUAUCGAGCGAUGCACCGAGUGCGGAAAUGUUAUCAAGAUGGAAUACAUUGGCGCUGAAGACGCGCACUCCGAUGCCCCAGAGGACCCGAAGACCAUGGCUGACUUUGUCAAGAAGGAGUACUGGUACAACUAA